AUGUUGUUCACCAAGCCCAGCGUGGUUGCUGCAUCGGUGCUCUCGGCCUCGAUGGUCCAGGCACAUAUGAUCAUGAACCACCCAGUCCCGUAUGGCAAGUCAACCCUCAACAACUCGCCCUUGGCUGCAGAUGGCAGCGACUUCCCCUGCAAGCAACGCGACGGGGUGUACGACUGGCCUGCCGCGGACGAGAUGAACUAUUUCGAAACCGGGGUGUCUCAGGUCCUGAACUUCACCGGCAUCGCCGUCCACGGCGGCGGUUCUUGCCAGGUGAGUCUGACCACGGACAUGCAACCCUCCAAGGACACAGUCUGGCAGGUCAUCAAGUCCUUCGAGGGAGGCUGUCCGGCCAACGUGGACGGCAAUCUGGACGGUGACGCCUCGACCCCGGACCCCUAUCAGUUCAACUUCACUAUCCCAGCCGAUUUCUCCGCCGGCAACUACACGCUGGCGUGGACCUGGUUCAACCGCGUCGGGGCCCGCGAGAUGUACAUGAACUGCGCCCCCAUCACCGUCCUGGGGAGCGCAGCCCAGAAGCGCUCCGUCGCCAAGCGCAGCAGCUACCCCGACCUCUUCGUGGCCAACAUCAACGGCUGCACCACGACCGAGGGCGUAGACAUCCGCUUCCCCAACCCCGGUGAUGUGAUCGAGUACGACGGAGAGGCCUCUCGUCUUGCGGCCACGGAUGCGGCCGCCUGCACGGGGGUGUCCACUGCGUGGGGAGGCAGCUCUGCGACGGCGGCUGCGUCCGUGACUUCCACAACCACCACUGCUGCUGAUAUCACUGCCACAGUCCCCAUUGUGGCCGUCGAGACCUCUGUUGCGGCCUCGUCUUUCGACAACUCCGCUGCCAUCACCACCGCUGCCGCCCCCGCUGCGACAACGAUUGUGGGCCGGCCCAACGGACACCAACAAAACGCCGUAACGACGACCGCAACCGCCACCGCCACCACCAGCUUUUCCACUGACACCGCUCUCUCCGGCAUUCUUAGCGGCGCCUGCAGCCCCGAGGGAUCCUGGUGGUGCAACGCCGGUGCUUCCUUCCAGCGCUGCGCCAACGGAGUCUGGACUCCUUCCCAGGAUAUGGCGCCCGGUACGGUCUGCGCGGCGGGCCAGUCGUCCGAUCUCACGAUUUCUCUGGCCAAGAGCCGUCGUGAUGAGCAGCGCAUGCGUCGUCGUCAGGUUGCUUAGGUGUUCGAGGCUUUAUGGGUUUGGACGAUGUACACCAGGUAGGGGACAUGGCCUUCCAUGUUCGUCUUCUUUUCCUGGGGGGGGUGUAUACUAGGAACCAGGAUGUAGGGUAUGGCUUUAGCAAUGUCCAUCAAGAUGCUAGAUGAAAUACUAUGCUUCCGUCUCAUAUUUGAGACUAACCUAUGCAUAAAGGUGAACUGUGUUGCACACACCGUUGCUUACCUUAUCGUGGCUAUUUAUAUGAGGGCAGCACGUGAGUGAUUUGUUACUUAACUGUAAUGCCACAUAUGACUAGACCUUGUUCUCUAAG